CUCUGAACUCAAUGGCUAAAGCUCUCCUAUUCAACUCCAAGUCACUCAAGGCAACAAUCUGCUUCCUUUUCCUUGUCAUCACUCUGAAAUGUGUCCACUCAGCAAGAAUCCUUGAUGAAGUGGAUCCACAACCCCCAGUCAUUGAUGACACACCCCUACAAUCCACUCCUGUUGCAACAACUGUUCCUCCCACCACUCUGCCUGGUGGCCAAUUUCCUGGCACCGCCCCCGCCGCCAUGCCGGAGGAAGAUGACGAUGACGCUGACCCACCACUUCCGGAAGAAGCUGAAGCCCCCACUGUAGUUACGCCACCUGUCACUACAACAACACCUGUUGAUAACGUGGCAGCAACAUCAGGUCCUACUACCACUAGUGCCACGGUGGCAAAUCCUGGCACAGAAACCGCACCUUUGUCCUUCUUCAUGCAUGAUAUCCUAGGUGGAUCCCACCCAUCAUCCAGAGUGGUAACCGGGAUCAUUGCCCAAACAGAAAUCAACGGCAUACCUUUCUCCAAGGCAAACAGCAACAUCUUCCCAGUCAACGGUGCGACCCCACUUUUGAACCCAAACAACCUUAACGACAUUAUAAACCAAAACAAUGUUCCUUUCUUAACCGGCCUAAACGGAGCGCAACCGAACACUGUUUUACAAAACACCGCCAACAACAACGUUUUCAACAGUGACGACAACCAGCCUUUUGUCUCCGCCGGGCAGCUCCCUCCGGGAUCCUCCCUUCAAAAGUUGAUGUUCGGUACGGUGACCGUGAUUGACGAUGAACUAACCGAAGGGCACGAGCUGGGGUCAGGUGUAGUUGGCAGAGCACAAGGGUUUUACUUAGCCAGCUCUUUGGAUGGCACUAGUCAAACCAUUGCGUUGACCGCAUUGUUGCACGGUGGUGAACAUAAUCACGAAUAUGAGGAUACCAUUAGUUUCUUCGGGGUGCAUCGAACAGCGUCGCAUGAAUCACAGGUUGCGGUGGUUGGUGGGACUGGAAAGUAUGAGAAUGCAAAAGGGUAUGCGACGGUUGAAACAAUUCAUCAAGAAGAUCAGCAUACAACGGACGGUGUUGAUACGAUUGUGAAGUUUAGUGUUUACCUUACUGAGUAAUGUGUUUGUUAUUGUGAUUAUGUGUGUUGCAGUUUAAAUUAUCUGAAAUUGAGUGAUUAUUGAUCAGAAGUCUUGUUAUAUCAAUCCUGUUGUAAUUAAUUUAUAUAAGGUUGAAGUCCUUUAUGGGUUAAAGUUGGAGUCCUCUUGUUAGUUGUUACCUUUUUAAC